AUGUCCCACAUUCCAUCAAGCUUCGACAACGCGGAUCAGGACGUCGACAACAUGACGUUUUACGAAAAAAUGAUUUAUCAUUGCAAACAGCAACCGCUUGUGCCGUUGGGUACUCUUGCUACAACCGUGGCUGUUAUUUUAGCUGCCCAGAAUGUUAGAUCUGGUAACAAACGCAAGGCUCAAAAGUACUUCCGCUGGCGUGUUGGUUUGCAGGGUGCAACGUUGGUUGCGCUGGUCGCAGGAAGCUUCAUCUACGGCACAUCUCAGAAAGAGCGUAAGUCUAAGGAAGACGAGCUGCGCGAAAAGGCAAAACUCAGGGAAAAUCUGUGGAUCCAAGAACUUGAAAGACGUGACCAGGAGACUCAGCAGCGGAAGCUGAGGGCAGAAUUGGCUCGUGCUAAAGCUCAAGCUCUGAAAACUGAGUCUGAAAAUCUGCAAUUGGAAAUUGAAAAACUGGCUUCCAAAGCCGCUAGCGGAUCCGACAAACGCGCUUAG